AUGAUCAGUGACGAGAUGCGCUGGGCAGAGCGGGGUGAAAAGUACGAAGACGACAAUGACACGGAGCCACAAGCCACUGGCUCCAUCCCAAAUCCUCACAACCCCAACCAGCCCUUGUUGCACGGUAGCUCGUCGCUGAAUCCAAACGCGAUCCCAUCCCGUGGACCAAGUUCAAGCAGGCGCGGGACACCCACUCCCAACCGCUCGCGGGCCCCAUCGUAUCUCGCCGCGUCGUAUGACUUGCACGGGGCGUUUGCCGAUACGGGCUUGUACGACCACUACCCCAUCCUCCCUAAUGGAGGGUCGUCGCGACACCCGUCCCGUCGAUCUAGCUACGCCGGAAGUGCCAUGUCGCACGACACGACUGGAACGACUGCCCACAUUGGCAACUACUACCCCACUCCACCAGGCCGUGCAAGGCAUCAGAGCUACCCAUACUCGGUGUCGGAGUCGGGCCCCUCGCGAGCUCCGUCUCCCCUCAACCCCUCGCGAGCACCGUCUCCCCUCUCGCAGCCGCCGCUCGGCGGCCAGGGACCAAACAGCAACCACGCACAGCAGCAUUUACAGGCCGUCAGGCCGAGCGGUCUCCGCCACGCCCGCUCCAUUAAAAGCCUUGGCGAGUCGCGCAUCGACCGCGAGCUGCGUAACCAGACUCGCUCGCCCAGCCCCAUCCCCGACGCGCCGCCACUGCUCUUGCCUCACCCCAACAUGCAAAAGUUCCCGGCUCACCUGGAACGCAGUGCAUCGCACCGGGACAGGUCGUCGAGUGUAUCCAGCGUCGGCUCGGGCAGCCGUAGCGGGCAUGGACACGGCGACGGGGGGCACACGAGCCGUCCCAGUGUCGGCACGAAUGGGCUGCUCUCGCCUCCUCCGACGGCCGGGACGCGCCCCUUGAGCCCAGGUCCACUGGGGUCCCCCAGGCGCUGA